UAUGCACAUUUACAUCGUACUUACCAGAAGGGAUGGAUGUUACUAUUUUACUGAUUACAUUUCUUUAUAUGUUAACUGGUUACGACUGUAGCCAUUUCCGAGGCGGUACAAUUAGUUGGAGACCUACCGAAAAAUAUUUGGAGGUCCAAUUUACAGAUAAAUUGGGUUGGACAUACGGAAGCGGCGCUGGAUGUACGGAACUUCUCUCUGGUCAAUAUGUGAACAGAACAAAUUUUGCAUGGAGAUGUAUAUCAGGGUGCAAGACAUUGGCAACAAUAUCCUCGGCCGGUUAUACUUGUAGCUCGGCAAGUCAGCCACAUAACUGGGAGCAAGGGGAAUAUACAUUUGCAUAUACCUUUGAUCAUGCUGGGAUAUUUACAAUUCAAUACAGCGGUUGUUGUUGGAUAAGUCUAGAUUUUGGGUCUGGAGGAAAUGGAUGGAAUAUAUCUACUCAAGUGGAUUUACGGAAACGGUCAGAUAUAGAUAAGCCAAAUUCUAGCCCGGCUUACACUGGAUAUCCAAUAUACAGUGUAAAAUUUGGAUGCGCCACUACGAUAAAGCUACAAGUUUCGGACGAUGACAACGAUAACAUCCGAUGUAAAUGGGCAAGCGGUACCGAUUGCGGAUCUGUUUGCAACGCCAUUCCAAACGCUGUUUUAAAUGAGAAUGCCUGCACCUUAUCUUUCAAUGCAACUCAUAAAGCCGGCGGAAUAUAUGCCGUGGCUUUGAUGAUCGAAGACACACCCAAGAAGGAUAUACAGAUUGGCGGAGUAACAUAUAAAACGACAGAUGUCUUAUCUAGGGUUCCUGUCCAAUUUCUCGUCGAAACUCCGAGUAUCCCAUCUCGACAGUGCAAUGAUAGACCAAAGUAUAUUCUCCCUACACCAUCAGGAACGGUGGAUAUAAACCAACGAGCUGGAACACAACUUGUUAUCAAUUACUAUGUGCAAUCGAUCGGUGCAAAUGUGUCUUCAUUCGCUCUGGCUGGUCCACCUGGAAUUAAAAAGUCCCCAAUCAGUGCUGUAACUGGACAAACAGACGUUUAUAAAUUUUCAGUCACUUGGACACCUUCUUUGACUCAAACUGGACACCACGCAUUGUGCGCUGAUGCAACCGAUUCUUUUGGAAUUAGUACAGAUCCCCACUGUGUGCAGAUUAUCGUUUUCGAUGUCAACCCUUGUGACAGUGACCCAUGCCGAAAUGCUGGUACUUGUAAUCGAGAUGUUGCAACAGAUGGGUUUACAUGCUCAUGUGUUGACGGCUUCACAGGCACAUUGUGUGAAACUGACAUUGAUGAAUGUCAGAGUUCUCCGUGCCAGAAUGGUGGAACAUGUCUAAAUCUUGUGAACAAAUACAUAUGCGAAUGCGUACCAGGGUAUACAGGAACUGUUUGUGAAAUAGACAUAGAUGAGUGUCAGAGUGGACCUUGUAACAACAAUGGGACAUGUUUCGAUCUCAUUAACAGUUUCUUUUGCGGUUGUUUUCCUGGUUACACAGGAGAGGAAUGUGAAAUAGAUAUCGAUGAAUGUGCUACUGGACCAUGUCUAAACGAUGGCAAUUGCACGGAUCUUCUUGGCUACUUUAAAUGCAACUGUAAGGAAAGAUUUAUUGGUGAAAUUUGUCAAACAGGUUUUAAUCCAUGCAGUUCAACACCAUGUAAGAAUAAUGGGGUUUGUAAGAUCCAGAAUGGUACUGUUUACACUUGCACGUGCGUUGAUGGCUGGGAAGGUAUAAACUGUGCUUUUAGGCGUCAAGAAGGAAGCUUUUUUAAUACCAGCAGCAUUUAUUUGGAUGAUAAAAGGAUGCAUUACUCUGAAUGUGACUGUUACGUUGGUCGUGCAAGGCAAGAAUUGUGCACCAAAUACGAGUCCGGGGCUAGCAUUGGAUAUGGUGCUUUAGGGACUUUUCUUGGAAUACUAACAGUAAUAGGGCUAUAUGCUUUAUUUGAGUUUAUUCUCAGUAAGGACCUUCUAUGUUGCUGCGUGGAAAAGGGAAAACAGACGGAAGAAGUAAAAGUAACAAACAAGGUUGAAGAAAACGACAAAGACGUUCCUGAUGUUAAGAUCAUUCCAAUGAUCGAGGAGACGAAAUCUAAAAGAAUAGGUCAUCACACAACUGGUCAUAAGCAUAGAAAAUGUUGGGCAUGUGAAGUCAAAUAUAACGGUGUUCCUCCACCGAAAUUCUGGUAGCCUCAAAAGAUAACUUAUUUCUUUACCCACUUUGCAAUAAGAAUACGUUUCUAUGAAUACGCAAAAUAGAUAUUAUUUAUAAUAAUAAUCAGAUUGGGGUCCAGUUUCAUUUAAAAUGAAAUUUAUGUUUCUAGUUAUUAUUUUGAAUAUC